AUGUCCAAAGAGACAGCUAAUGACAAAACCAAGCCUGAAGAAGAACCCACUACACCAUCUGCCACGGAUUCUUCAACAUCACGUGCCUUUGACCCAGCAACCACCACCAAAGUACCCGAAGAACGUUCCGAGGCAUCGUGUGACCCGCAUGAGGAUUACGACAGCGAUUAUUGGCAACAAGACUCCACGGUUUCGAUGCAGUCAGGCUCCCGAUACGCUAUGUCGUCCAAUGCCGACCUGUACGAUCAUGCUAGAGAGGAUUUGCACAGCUCCGGGCGGUACCUUCGUUGUGCACCGUCCACCGAAUCUCUCUUGGCUUUAUUGGAAGCAAAACGGUUUCGCACACCCAGAGAAUGCAUGCAAAACGUUCCAGGCAUCUCGCCAACAUCCACAAAGGGAGAACCUUUCAGCAGCGAGCUACCACCACUCUCAGAAUCCACGUCCAAUGCUACGCUCGUCGCUGAAACCACGGAAUCAUUUUCCACCGAUUACCCUGCAUGGAUCGGUUUACCGUCGGCUCCACACAUUCAUGGUAUUUUCGUCCAGUUAAAAAACGUGUACGGUUUUCAACAGGACAGUAUGCGCAACAUGUACGAUCACCUUAUGGUGAUGCUGGAUUCACGCGCUUCACGCAUGUCUCUGAAUUCCGCACUACUUACUUUGCACGCCGAUUACAUUGGAGGUCCCAAUGCAAAUUACAGAAAAUGGUACUUUGCAGCUCAGUUGGAUCUUGACGACGCGGUAGGAAGCCAACAUGCAGCUACACGGGUUGCCGAGGAAACGUGUGACGAACUUGGCGACGAUUCCGAACUUAUUGAGGAACUCAAAGAUGCGGAGGAAGGUUGGCGACUCAUGAUGGAACGUAUGCCUGAUAGCGAACGUGUUCGGCAAUUGGCUCUGUGGUUACUCAUAUGGGCAGAAGCGUCCAUGAUACGGUUCUGUCCUGAAGCGCUGUGUUAUAUAUUCAAAUUAGCCGACGAUCAUUGGCACGCGCGAGCAAAAGACGUUACUGCACCGGAAGGCGAAUUUCUCGACAGUGUGAUUGUGCCUCUGUAUACUUUUAUCCGAGAUCAAGCUUACCGACAAACACCCGACGGUAGCUACAUAAAACGCGAGCGAGAUCAUGCGAGCAUUAUCGGUUACGAUGAUGUGAAUCAACUUUUUUGGUAUCCCGAGGCUAUUGCACGGUUGCGCUUGAAAGACGGUAAUCGGUUGAUCGACUUGCCCUCCUCUCAACGAUAUCAGGCGUUGCCUCGUGUGGACUGGCCUAAAGCUUUUCAAAAGACAUUUAAAGAGAAACGAUCCUGGAUGCACUUGGCGAUCAAUUUUACCCGUAUUUGGAUCAUCCAUAUUGUGCCUUUCUGGUACUACAUCAGUGCCAAUGCUACGAGCCUGUACCUCAGCAGUGAUAAAGCGAUUGCCAGUAAAGAAUUGGGAGUGAAGCUUUCUGUGGUAGCUUUAGGCGGCGCUCUUGCCACCCUGCUCAUGACCAUCGGUAGCUUUGCUGAAUACUUGUAUGUGCCCAUGACAUGGCACGGUGCUCGGCUGUUGACACGGCGGGUUCUGUUACUCCUCAUCAUUUUUGUGUUCAACGCAGGCCCUUCCGUAUACUGUAUCUAUUUCGAUCGGACAAGUCAGUUGUCUGUCGCAGUGGGUGUUCUUCAGUUGCUCAUCAGUUUGUGUACAAGCAUAUCUUUUGCCAUCAUUCCACAAGCACAGUUGUUUGUUCAUCACAUCCAAAGCGAUUCCCGAAAAACGCUCGCCAAUCAGACAUUUACAGCGAAUUUCCCGCAUUUGAAACGAAUGGAUCGGCUACUCUCCAUUGGUCUCUGGUUCUGUGUUUUCAGCUGCAAAUUGAUCGAAUCUUACUUUUUCCUCGCUCUGUCGUUCAAAGAUCCUCUCGAAAUUAUGUCGCAAAUGACCAUUCAGAACUGUGAAGACUCCAUCAUUGGUUCUGCGCUCUGCACCCAUAUGCCUAACAUCACUCUGGGGUUCAUGCUGUUGAUGGAACUGAUUUUAUUCUUCUUGGAUACUUAUCUAUGGUACGUCAUCUGGAAUACCAUCUUUUCAGUUGCGCGGUCGUUUUACCUUGGUAUCUCUAUCUGGACGCCUUGGCGAAAUAUCUUUUCACGAUUACCGAAACGAAUUUAUGCCAAAGUGUUGGCGGCUUCUGAAAUAGACGGUCGUCGCAAACCCAAAGUGCUGUGCUCACAGAUAUGGAACGCUAUUGUUGUUUCCAUGUAUCGCGAACAUUUACUAUCGACGGACCAUGUGGCUCGCUUACUGUUCCACCAGAUACCAGUGACAGACGAUGGAAAACACAUUUUGCGAUCGCCUACUUUUUUUCAGACGCAAGAAGAUGCGGCUUUCAAGACCGAGUACUACCCAAAGCAGAGUGAAGCCGAGCGACGUAUGCAGUUUUUCGCUCACAGUUUGACCACGCCCAUGCCUGAACCCUUGCCUGUACCGAACAUGCCAACCUUUACGGUGAUGACGCCUCACUUUUCCGAAAAGAUCAUUCUAUCAUUACGCGAAAUUAUACGAGAAGAAGAUAAUAGCACGCGAAUUACACUCUUGGAAUAUUUGAAACAGCUGCAUGCCUUUGAGUGGGAUAACUUUGUCAAGGACACCAAGGUCCUGGCCGACGAGAAAUUGUUAUCCGAUCUGCUUGGCGAAGAUGGUACGCAAUCCGAAACCAAGAGUUCCAGCAUGUCAUCGGUGGGUACGCUUCCAUUGAAUAGCCAGCGAUCCAAGGUGGACGAUUUGCCGUUUUACUGUGUGGGAUUCAAAUCAUCCGCGCCCGAAAAUACCUUGCGCACGCGCAUUUGGGCUUCAUUGCGAUCUCAGACUCUAUACCGUACCAUCACAGGCUUUAUGAACUAUCAAAAUGCAAUCAAGCUGCUUUACCGUGUGGAAAACGCCCAUUUAUUGUCCACCAAGAUGAACGUGGAGCAACUUGAGGACGAGUUAAAUCAGAUGUCGGAUCGCAAGUUCCGAUUUUUACUAGCAAUGCAACGCUACAAGGAAAUGUCAAAGGACGACCGAGAAAAUGUCGAUUUUAUCCUGAACGCUUAUCCCAAUCUUCAAAUUGCUUAUAUCGAGAAAGAAACGGAUCUCAAUCAGGUCGACAAGGAAAAGGGGAUAUCAACGCGUUACUAUUCCGUGCUUAUUGACGGCUACUGUCCGAUUCAAGCUGAUGGUCAACGAACACCAAAGUACCGUGUGCGAUUACCAGGAAAUCCUAUUCUUGGCGAUGGCAAAUCGGACAAUCAGAACAAUGCUCUCAUCUUUUAUCGCGGCGAAUAUUUGCAGUUAAUCGACGCGAAUCAAGACAAUUAUCUAGAGGAAUGUUUGAAGAUCCGCAACGUUCUGGGAGAGUUUGAAAACUUGCAUGGGACUGACAAGUCACCCUAUACAGCCGACAGCGAAUCCGUCGCCGCGCCUGUGGCUAUUGUCGGCGCAAGAGAGUACAUUUUCUCUGAAAACGUAGGCGUUCUCGGCGAUGUAGCUGCAGGAAAAGAGCAAACCUUUGGAACGCUAACCCAACGAAUUAAUGCUACCAUUGGCGGCAAGUUACAUUACGGUCAUCCAGAUUUUCUUAACGCUGUUUUCAUGACAACUCGUGGAGGGGUUAGCAAAGCGCAAAAGGGGUUGCACUUGAAUGAAGACAUUUACGCAGGCAUGAAUGCUUUUGAACGUGGUGGCCGUAUCAAACACAUUGAAUACUACCAAUGCGGUAAAGGUCGUGACCUGGGCUUUGGAUCAGUACUGAACUUUGCGACGAAAAUUGGCACCGGCAUGGGUGAACAGAUGCUUUCUCGAGAAUACUACUACCUCGGCACCCAGUUACCGCUCGAUCGUUUCCUGACAUUUUAUUAUGCUCAUCCCGGGUUCCAUAUCAACAAUAUCUUUAUCAUGUUGUCGGUGCAUAUGUUUAUGCUUGUCCUCCUCUUCUUGGGGGCAUUAGGUCAACCACUGACGGUGUGCGAGACGGACAACGAUGGCAUAGGAAAUCAUCCGGAUGGCUGUUACAAUUUGAUGGCUGUGCUUAGCUGGUUAAAGCGUGUGGUGAUCUCCAUUUUUGUCAUUUUCUUUGCCUCGUUCUUGCCGCUGUUUCUCCAAGAAUUCACGGAACGCGGAUUCUUAAGGGCGAUCACGCGUUUUUGCAAGCAUAUUCUUUCGUUUUCGCCAUUUUUCGAGAUCUUUGCCACGCAAACGUAUGCCCAUUCCAUUCUCAGCAACCUCAGUUUUGGCGGUGCCAGAUACAUUGCCACCGGUCGUGGAUUCGCCAUCUCGCGUCUGCCGUUUAGUACCUUAUACAGCCGUUUUGCAGACAGCAGUAUGUACACUGGUGCGCGCAGUGCACUGAUUCUGCUAUUCGGAUCGCUGGUGGUAUGGGUGCCACAUCUGGCUUACUUUUGGAUUACCACAAUUGCUCUUGUACUGUCACCGUUUUUAUUCAACCCACACCAAUUUUCCCUAUCCAACUUUCUGCUCGAUUAUCGCGAUUUCUUGCGCUGGCUUUCUAGAGGAAAUGGUAAAUCGCACGCCAAUUCAUGGAUCGGGUAUUGUCGCUUUAUUCGUAUGCGGACCACUGGCGUCAAGUCGAAGCAGUUGGGCAAUCCAUCAGAAAUAAGCAACCCGCCAAAACAACCACGAGCUCAGUUUACGGUGGUUUUCUUUUCCGAAAUCUUUAUGCCGUUUUGUAUUGCUGUGAUUUCCAUGAUGGCCUAUUUAUUUACACACAGCUUUGACGCUUCUCACCCAGAGCAACCCAUACGUCAACCUCAAGGGCUUAUUCGUAUUGGCAUUAUCGCCGUGGGGCCCAUUAUUCUGAAUGCAAGUGUACUAAUUGGCCUGUUUGUUGUGUCGCUUCUGUUGGGAUCACCUGCUGCGUAUUGUUGUCGUGUGAAGUUCGGCGCUACAAUUGCCAGUGUCGCACAUGGAUGGGCAGUGGUCAACUUUUUCGCUUUUGUCGAGCUUCUCUAUUAUCUGGAAAACUGGCAUUUUUCGAGCGUGAUUCUAGGAAUGAUCGCAGUGGAUGCAGUACAAAAACUCAUUUUCAAGGUGAUAACUGUAUGCUUUUUGACGCGUGAAUUGCAGCAAGACCAAAGCAACCUCAGCUGGUGGACCGGUCGUUGGUAUGGUCGAGGUCUUGGAAAGUACGCAUUUUCUCAACCAUUGAGGGAAUUUGUAUGCAAAGUGGUAGAGAUGAGCUUAUUCACAACGGACUGCAUCUUGGGUCAUGUUAUUUUCUUUGCUCUCUUUCCGUUAUGUCUGAUCCCUGGUAUCGACAAAUGGCAUUCUCUCAUUCUAUUCUGGCUUCGUCCGAGCCAGCAGAUCCGGCCACCUAUCUUCUCAGCAAGUCAACGGAAACGAAGAAGAAGAAUAUGUAUCAUCUAUGGCUGUCUGCUUACCUGUUUGAUGCUGAUCUUCGUUGCCUUGUUCGCCGUUCCCGCCAUACUUGGCCCCACCAUGCCAUUUUAA